CUAAGACAAACAAAUGACCUGGCAGCCAUUGUUGAUAUUUACCCUGUGUGUUGAGACCGGCUUGUAAUUUCCACUAUUCCAGCUUAAAUAGAAGGAUUUAGAGUCGAGAUGAGUCGGUCGUCUGACAGUUACUUUGGCCGAGGAUCACGGAGGCGGACCAGCGAGGGGUACGGCCGGCAGUAUGGUGACUCCUACAGCAGCGGCAGGUCAUCGCAGGACUAUUCGCAACAGGAGCAGUGGCGGAGGAGGGGGGGUGCGCUCUGGGGGGAGGGGGCUGAUGGUGAACCCGUGGGAGGGAGGAAUGGUGCCUGGGAGUGGUGGGGCAGUGGGCGGCAUGGCUGGUAUGGCUGGCCGGGGACUGCAGGGGACGGCCACCACACCAGACAUUGUGGCGUCCAUCAACCACCUCAGCAGAAUGGACAACCCUGAAUCCGAGCUGGCCCUUAAUAUUCUCAAUGCUGUGUUGACCAAUAAGGAGGAGGCACAGUGGGCCAGGCAGAGAGACUGGGAAGGAGGGCAGAAGAGGAGGAUGGACUGGGAUGACCAAUAUUAUGGAUCGGGGCGGGGCAUUCUUCCCACCCCACAAAUGCCGCCCCGGAAACUGCCCCGACGCGACUCAAACACAGGCCCCGCGUACUCCUGGGGUGUGGUUGGGGGGUUCGUUCCGGGGCGGCCUGGACGGGGGCGGGGCGGGGCAAUGGGGCAGGGAUACAAGAAGAAGACACUGCCGACCAAGAAGAAAAUUGUAGCGAAGGACGUGAAGACUAGUAGUGGUGGUGGUGGUGGUGGUGGUACAAAGGCAGAGGACAAGAGUAAACCUGGGAAAACUGAGGAGAAAGCUAAGGAGGCAGAGACAACCAGUGUGAAGAAGGAAGAGGAUGAGGGAGGAAAAGCAAAAGAGGAAGGGAAAGCAGAAGAGGGGACAGCAACAGCAGGAGAAACAGCAGUGACAAAAACUAGUGUGGGAGAGGGGGAGAAGAAGAAGGAACCAGAACCAAAGAAGAAGAAGGAAGAGUGCCCAGUGCCUCUGUCUUACCUGCGCUGCCACAUCUGUCACAUGCACAAGUUUAAUAAUGGCUCGAACUUUAUGGACCACGUGAGGAGCAAGAAACACCGUCGCAUGACACUCUGCUACCAGGAGAAGAUUGACUCCACCCUCAAGAUGCUCAAGGCUCAGUCCAGGCUCAAGUCGCAGCGUCACAUCGUCUCCAUGGUGAAGACCAAAGGCCGCAUCACCCGCUGUGACAAGUGCGAGUGCCCCAUUAAAGGCGGACAGGGGCCUCACCUCUACCUCAGGGAACAUGCCCUGGUGUACCACUUCACCAAAUGCUUCAUCUGCAAGAAGAGGUUCACGUCGAGAGCAGAGCUGGAGGCACACAAGCUUACCUUCCCUCACAUGAAGGCUCAGAGUAUCCAGGACAGCAUUGCAAGGGAACGUUUUGUGAGGCGGACAAAGAAACAGGGCAAGGAUACUGUGAUUCCGGAGCAGAAGUUGACGGAGGAAUUUCAUGAGAUGGUGACACAGAUGCAGCUCAACAAUCUCAGCACGCAGGUGUGGAACAAGGACACCAUACCUGUUUACGACCCUGCCAUGCCUAUAGGCCUGAACCACCUGGUGAAGCAGUCGCUGUUCGUGUGUGCCGUGUGUCCCAAGAAGGUGAGCCAGACUGCACAUGAGGCACUGGAGCACUGCAAGAGUAGGGAGCAUUAUGACUGCUACCAGGCUCACCUCAAGGCCCUCGAGGAGAAGGAGGCCAAAGGAGAGACAUCAGAUAAGGAGAACGAAGAGAAAAACACUGAUAAAAAGGAAGGCAUAGAAAAAAAAGAGAUAAAGAAGGAGGAAGUGGAAGAAGAAGAGAAAGACACAAACAAGGAGGAAGUAAAGAAGGAAGAGGAAGAAGAAGAAGAGGAGGAGGAGGAGGAGGAGGAGGUGGAGGAGGAGGAGGAGAAGACAGAGAACGAAGAUGAAGGAAUGAAGGAUAUGGACAAUAUGGAAGUUAUUGAUGAAGAAUUUGAACAAGAAGAAGAAGAAGAAGAGGAAGAGGAGGAGGAGGAAAAUGUCGCUAAAGAUGCACAAGAAGAGGAAGAGGAAGAGAAAGAGGAGGAGGAGGAGUUAGAGGAGAUAGAUGGUGAUGAAUUGGUGUCUGUGGAAGAAGUAGGAGAAGAUUUAGAAGAUGUUGAACUGGAAGAGGAAAAACAAGAAGAGGAAGAGGUAAAGGAUACAGAUGACAAGACCACAGCCCCAGCCACUCACACAGCACCUGAGGACAAGACAGAAGCCAGCUCCCCCAAGAACCAGCCCACACCAACCCCAACACCCACCCCAGCACCUGACCCACCCAAACCUUCACCCACCCCAGCAUCUACCCCAGCACCCACCAACAUCCAGACCAGGCAGGGACGAAGCAGAGGCAGAGGCAGAGGCAGGGGGAGAGGUGCUGUGUGGGGCAGGAGAAUGUAAUGUGUGUGUGUGUGAGUGUGUGAUGUGUAGAUCAUUCAAGCAUGUUUUUCUACUCAUUAUACCAUUGAGAUCUUGUUUACUACUUGACGAUUAGUGGUAAUGUGUGGCUUGUUCUAGUGUUAUGGCUAUUAUUAUUCUGAUUUCAAUGUUGAGAGAGAGAGAGAGAGAGAGAGAGAGAGAGACAGACAGACAGAUAGACAGACACCCUUUCAGAAACUAAUAUUAAAAUAACUCACAAUCAUUUCAAAAAGUAUAAAAAUGAGAGAAUUUUGCAUUGAAAUUUGCCAGAGAGGAAGUUCAGGAUACAGGAGUGUGUAGAAGAGGCUAAGGAUGUGCAGGAAAUGAUGGCGAGUGUGUGAAGGAUGUGCUGGAAGGAUAUAUGGUAAACUAGGAUGCAAAGGAAAGGCCAAGGAUGCAUUAGAUUGUUAGAAGGAAGCUAGAGGGAAAAGGAUGUGUAGAAGAAGCCAAGGAUGUUUUUAGUGCGUCAGGAUUGUUUGAGAAGGAUUAAGGAUUUUUUUUUUUUUUUUUUUUUUUUUUUUUUUUUUUUUUUAAGGAAAGUUUGUGUGUUGACCUGCUUGGGAACUGACAUCUAAGUGGGUAUUUUUUAUUAUUAUUUUUAUUAUUUAUUUUAGUUUUUGUAUCUAUUAUUUUUUUGGGCCCACAUUAUCUCUCAUAAAUAAAAGAAGAAGAAUGGAAUAAGGAUGAGCAAGACGAUAUUGUUAAGAUUAUUUUGUCAUAGUGAUUAACCCUUUCAGUACUGGGACGCUGUUUUUUUACCUUUAGUUUGGGUAUGAUCAGACAAUUUUAUUUACAAAAGGAAGGGUCUAUGGAGAUCAAAAGAUUAAUGGCUAAAGUCUUCACUAUUUUAAUCCCCACAUAAGUUUUUGAAGCUGUAAAAAAUUGCCAAAUUAUAAGCAGAAUAAAUAUGAAAACACGUCUUGUUACUAAAGGGGUUAAAAAAGUGUCAUUUUCACCACAAGUAUAUGUAAAGGUUCAAAUGACAGUAAGCAGGUUCAAUUAAGCUGCACCACCAUUCCUUGUAAACUCUUAAUAAAUGUAUGCAAAGUGA